CAAAUCAAGCGCCCGGAAGAUCAUGAAGAAAAUUUACACGACUUACUGCUAAAUCUGUCAAAUCAGUAAACUCUACAUAUUUAUGCGAUUUAAAGUCUUAAACUCACUUAGAUAUACAAAAUGUCGAGUAAACACAGGGACGGAGUAUCAAUAAAUCUUGGAUUUGUUCCAGAAUUUGAUUAUAAAUCUAGCAGCAGUCAGUCGUGGACAAGGGUAUGGACUAUGUCAUGGAGAAGAUUAUCCAGCCUACAGAGAACCAUCAUUGUUCUAUUUGUAUGUAUAGUGGCACUUUGCUUUUUCUACUUCCAUCCAACCUUCCAAUCUAAUGGUAGCAAAUCAGCAAAGAUGGUUCCCAUUAAUGUGCCGGGAGAUAAUCCUGUGAACAAUCUACCGCAUGAUUCUGUCAGAGAAAUGGAGAUUGAGAAAGCGCACAAACUGGAGGAGCUUAAAGAGAAGGCUCAGAAACAGUUAGAAAACAUGAUGAAACAACAUGGUGUCAAAGAUGAUGUCGAUGAAGAUAAAGUAGCUGAUGAGAAAAACAAAGUUGAAGAAAACAAUUUUGAAAAUACUAAUAAAGAAAAGGAAAAAGAUGUGGAGAAGAAAGUUGAUAUGGAGGGUGUUAAACCAGAGUUAGAAUAUGACUUCUUUGAUGCCAACAGGAAACACAAUGAUCGACAGAAAGCUGUCAUUGAAGCAUUCAAGGAGUGCUGGUCGGCAUAUAAGAAGUACGCCUGGGGUCAUGACGAAUUUCAUCCCGUGUCAAAGAAACAUUCAGAGUGGUUUGGGGUGGGACUGACAAUUGUAGAUAACAUUGAUACCACAAUCAUCAUGGGAUUAGAGGAAGAAUAUGAGGAGGCGAGAGAGUUCGCGACGAAUGGUUUAUCCUUUGAUAAAGACAAAGAUGUGAACUUGUUCGAGAUUACGAUCCGUGUUCUAGGAGGGUUACUGAGUGCAUAUCAUCUCACAGGAGAUGAACUCUUUAAAACCAGAGCGAAAGAUUUAGGCGACAGGCUCUUACCAUGUUUUAACUCGCCAUCGCGUGUUCCCUACUCUGACGUGAACCUCCGUUCAGGCAACGCCCAUGCACCAAGAUGGGGUCCCGACAGUAGUACAUCAGAGGUCACUACGAUACAGAUAGAGUUCCGAGAUUUAUCAAGGAUUACUGGUGACCCAAAAUACAAGGAAGCUGUAGAUGAGGUAUAUACGCAUGUACAUGACGAGCCAAAGAAGGAUGGUCUUGUUCCGAUCUUUAUAAAUGCACAAAGUGGCAAGUUACGUAACUCUGGAACUAUCAGUUUCGGUGCUAGAGGGGAUAGCUAUUAUGAAUACCUGCUGAAGCAGUGGUUACAGACUGGAAAAACGGAGAUGAAGUACAAAAAUGAUUACUUAGAAGCUGUCCAGGGAAUGAAAACGCAUCUUGUUAGAAAAUCAGAGCCCUCAAAGUUAACUUAUAUUGGUGAACUAUUGAGUGGAAGAAAUUUUAGUCCUAAAAUGGAUCAUCUAGUAUGUUUUAUGGGUGGUACACUGGCGCUGGGAUACAAGAACGGUCUACCUGAAGAUCAUCUAGAGCUGGGAAAGGAGUUAACACACACCUGUUAUCAGAUGUACGCCAAAAUGCCGACACAUCUUAGUCCAGAGAUUGUGUACUUCAAUCAAGCUGAAGGUGCCCCAGAUGAUUUAAUUGUAAAGCCGUUAGAUGCGCACAAUCUGUUGAGACCAGAGACGGUGGAGAGUUUGUUUUAUCUGUACAGAAUCACAAAGGACGAGAAAUAUAGGGACUGGGGAUGGAAGAUAUUUUUAGCCUUCAAGAAACACGCUAGAAUCGAGGGGCUCGGUUAUUCCUCCAUCAAUAAUGUAAAAAAUGCGGGAAAUCCAAGUUUUAGAGACAAGCUAGAAAGUUUUUUCCUCGCGGAAACAUUGAAAUAUUUAUAUUUGUUAUUUAGCGACGAUGCGGAUUUAUUACCGUUAGAUCAAUAUGUAUUUAAUACUGAAGGGCAUCCGCUACCUAUAUAUAAGUCAGCGUAGUGAAUUGCUUGGAGAAAAUUAGACUGUGAUAUUAAUUAUAUUGUAGUUCAUCUGUAGUAACUACCAUCAUCUGAACAAGGCAUUAUAGUAUAUAGAAUCUGAUACAAGGCCAAGUCGUCGUCAAAUUGGUUAAAUGAGCUGCGUCAUGACAAAACCAACAAAGUGUGCUUACAAACCCUUUUACAAGUAGAGAAAUUAAUAGCAAACAUCAUGGAUCUUAAUCAGACUGCGUGGAUGCGCAGGCUGGUCUGGAUCCGUGCUGGUUGCAAAAGCACUAUGUUGGCUUUGUCAUGACGCGGCUCAAAUGUUUAUGUAGAUGUUAUCCAAGUUAUCUAAAAGCUAUGUUCACACGAAGACAAUAUUAUUUUUUCCUGUCUCUCGUGCUGUCAAUAUGUAAAUUAUAGUAUGGAAAUAACCUGUUGUCAAACAACAACUGAAUUAAUUUGUCACCUUAGUGCAAUAACUGGUUAACCACUAUUAAAUUUAGAAGGACUUAACCUGUUACUGCACUAAGGUGACUCGAUGCUUUUUACUUUUACCUGAAAUUUUAAGAUAAAUUGCCAUAGGGAUUGUUAAGAAUGAAAGAAAUAUACUGUUCGGGAAUGAUUUCAAAUAAUGAAAAAACUAUUUCCUAAUCUCCACACCUGUUUACAAUAGAUGAAAUUUUUCCAUGUUUAAUCAUAUGACAACAAGGUCAAAGGUUAUAAAGAAAUUUUCUCAGUUCAAAUAUAAGAUCUUGGGAAUUUGAUUGGUCAGAAACUUGACAGAAUGUUCACUGGCUGAUGAAAAACCUGAGAUUUUAGAGAAAGCUUUAAAAAAAAAAAGUUUUAUACCC